CAUGCCACUUCUACGCUGAGCUGCAUGCAAUUCUAGGGGGAUCCGCCACCACUAUCCCACCCAUCUGUGGAUUCCGAGGUGGGGUUGAUAAUCUCAGCUGUGCCUGAGGAUUCUGCGGACAGGGAAGAUGAGGAGAAGGAGGAGGACGACGAGCUUGCAGAGAGCACACAGCACUCCGUUCUCCCAAACAGCCAGGAGCUUUUUCUCACCCAGAUGGAAUUAUCCUCCCAGCCCUCCCAAGCCACUAGCCCAGACAAUGAAGCCAUGGAAGCGACCUCUGCUGCAAAUUUUUCAAGCCUCCCUACUCCAUCCCGAAGGCUAUCUCAGAUAAGGCGGAGGAAAAAAAAGAAGCGAGAUGAAAUGUUCUCGGAAAUCAUGGAAGUAACCCGCAAUGAAAGAGCUCAUCUGAAUGAGUGGAAGGACGUGGUAUCAAAUUACAGGAAAGAUGCCAGUGAAUGUGAGGACAGGAGGGACCAACAUGAGGAUAGGAGGGACGAACGUGAGGAGAGGAGAGACGCUCGAGAUGAGAGGUGGCGGCAGGAAGAUCGGAGGUGUAGGCAGGAAGAUCAGCGGUGGUGGGAUGCAACGCUGGGGCUGCUGCGUGAUCAAACUGACAUCCUCCAACAUCUGGUGGAGCUUCAGGAACAGCAGCAGGGUUACAGAGUGCCACUGCAGCCCCUGUGUAACCACCCUCACCGCUCACCAUGUUCCAUAUCUUCCUCACCCAGACGUGUAAGAACGCGUGGGGAAAGGCUUCGUGCACCUGACCACUCCAGCCCCAUGGACAGCCCAACCAUUACCUUGAAAUAUUUUUAGUGGCCUUUUUCUUCCCUCCUAUCCUCCUCCCAAACCCCACCCGGGAUACCUUGUCAGUUCUCUCCCUCUUUUUAUAAUGACUUUUUAAUAAAGAAUACAUGAUUUUUAAACAAUAGUGACUUUAUUUCCUUAAGCAAGCUGUAAUCGAAGUAGGAAGGUGGGUUGCUUACAGGGAAUGAGUCAAUCAAGGGGGGGGGUCAUCAAGGGGAAACACACACAACAGUCACACCGUACCCUGGCCUGUGAUAAAACUCAUUUUCAAAGCUUCUCUGAUGCGCACCGCUUCCUGGUGUGCUCUUCUAAUCGCCCUGGUGUCUGGCUGCGCGUGAUCAGUGGGCAGGUGAUUUGCCUCAGCCUCCCAUCCCGCCAUAAAGGUCUCCCUCUUACUCUCACAGAGAUUGUGGAGCACACAGCAAGCAGCAAUAACAAUGGGGACAUUGGUUUGGCUGAGGUCUGAUCGAGUC